CGCCCCGGGCCGCCUUAGGGCCAGGAUCCAGGUCAGGGCAGGGAUUAACCCCGGAUCUGGCUUCGCGACUGCCGGGCCAUGGCGUCGCUGUUCUCAGGCCGCGUCCUGGUCCGCAACAACAGUGAGCAGGACCUGCUGGAGACCGAGGCCGAGCUCGACCGCCGGCUGGAGAACCGGCUGGUGCUGCUGUUCUUCGGAGCGUGGGGCUGCGAGCGGUGCCAGGCCUUCGCGCCCGCGCUGCGCGAAUUCUUUGUGCGUCUCACGGACGAGUUCUACGUGGUGCGCGCCGCGCAGCUGGCGCUGGUGUACGUGUCACAGGACCCCUCGGCCGAGCAGCAGGCCCUGUUCCUCAGGGACAUGCCUGAGCGCUGGCUGUUCCUGCCCUUCGAAGAUGACCUGCGGAGGGACCUGGGCCACCGCUUCUCCGUGCGGCGCCUGCCGGCCGUGGUGGUUCUCAAACCCGACGGAGACGUGCUCACGCACGACGCAGCCGAGGAGAUCCAGCGCCUGGGCCCUGCCUGCUUCGCCAACUGGCAGGAGGCUGCCGAGAUCCUGGACCGCAGCUUCUUGCCGCCCGAGGACCUGGACGAGCCACCGCCGCGCAGCUUGACAGAGCCGCUGCGCCGCUGCAAGUACAGAGUAAACCCGGAGCCUGGGAACGGGUGGGGCCCGCAGGGCGGGGCCGGAACCAGAGAGGAAGGCGGGGCCGGGGAGGAAGACCAGGCCCGGGGGCUAUUCUGACUGUCACUGGAGGGCGGUCGGGGCGGGGCCCCGGGGCAGGGCAGGAGGGCGGGACCUGGAGCUGUGGAGACCCCUCUAAGAAUGUCAGACAGGGGGCUGGCCCGCAGAGCGGGGGCGGGGCCAGGGAGAAGGGCGGGGCCUCGGCGCGGUUGUGAACUGUCACUGAAUGGCGGGUUGGGCAGGGCCCCUGGGGAAGGGGCGAGGCUAUGAGGAGGGCGGGGCCUGGAGCUAUUGGGACCCCUUCAUAGGAUAACAGACAGGGAGGGGCCCAACAGGUAGGGGCGGGGCCAUGGAACUGUUGGGAUCCCUCACUGGAUGACCUGGAGGACUGGGGUCUGUGGGUGGGGCAGAGGCGGGACCUGGGUGCUGCUCUGACCUCCUACUGGUGGGUGUUGGGCAGGGGGCGGGGACAAAAGGGCGUGGCCGUGCUCCGUUCUGGCCUGUCACUUGAGGCGCAGCUUGGGGCGGGACAAAGUCCCUGGCAGAGAAAGAGGGCACGCAGGCUUCAGGUGGGCGUGGGGGCGGGGCCUGGACUAGCACCUCAUUUCCUGAUCACCUCCAUGCCCAAACUCCUGGACCCUGAUGCUCCGGACGGUACUUCAGCUUAGAAAAGGACCUCAGGUAGCGCCUCUGUGACGUAAAGUGUGGGUCCCUGUGUAACAAAAGCACUGCGUGCUCCGCACCUAAUGCGAGAUUGCCUUCAAACGCAGUCCUGAGGGAUCACGUUUUUCUGCGUCCUUCAGAAACCAAUCAGCUCAAGUGGGUGUCAGCGCUUUACUGAGGUUGCCCUCCUGCACACGCAGAUCUGUGCCCUCUCCUGGGCCUAGCCCUCUCCAAACCGCACCCCCAUCCGUGACUGAUCUCGUCCACCUCCCCUUUCCGCAUACUUCCCACCGUUGGGCUGUAAUGAGAAUAACGCGAAAGGUCACAGCGAAGUGGUGUUUGGUGGCGAACGUCUGUCAUCCCAGCCCUCUGGCAGGCUGAGGUACUCAGGGUCACUUCAUCGCAAAGCAGAAAACGAAAAGGAAAAACAGAGCUGGUGGUGUUGCUCAGUGCAAAUCUGCAGAUCAAUCCCUAAGACAAACAAAAUAAGACAAGAAUAACCUACUUGCUAUAGCUCAAUAACAAAAGAGAUAAUCCACUACUAAGGUAGACCAAGGACUUGAAUGGACCUUUCUCUGAUGAUGCAAACAGCCAACAAGCACAGAAAAAGAUGUACAAUGUCAUCAGUUACUAGGAAAAUACAAAUCAAAACCGCAAGGAGGCACCACAACUGCUAGGAUGGCUGGGGUCAACAAUCAUACAUACGGUGGGAUAUUACUCACCUGUGAAAAGGAGUGGAACAUUGUCCUAGACAACAACGUGGAAGAAUUUUGAAAAAAGGCUGAACGUCGAGAGCCAGGCAAAAGGCCAGUGGUGUGUGACCCUAAUCCUAUGAGAUGUCCAGGACACAAGGCCAAUCUAUGGGCCAAAAGGGCGUGGCUGUGCUCUGUUCUGGCCUGUCACUUGAUGCGCAAUUAAAAAUAUAUGGUUUUUAGUUAGCAGCUGCAGGAGCUCAGGCUGGGUAAGGAUGAAUAUUACAGGUGAUAAGGUCUCCUUUCAGGGUGAUGAAAAUAUUCUGGGGCUACACAGAAGUGUUGGUGUCACACUAUCCAUGUACUGAAUCGACGGUAUUUUUUGCAAAUGUCACCUCAAUUAUGUUGUUGAUUUUUUUUUUUGAGACAGGAUCUCAAUAUAUAGCCCAGGCUGGCCUCAAACUCAUAGCAAUCCUCCUGCCUCAGCCGCCUAAGUGGCAGGAUUGUAGGCAUUGCCCACACCUAGCUUCACCUCAACUUUUUAAGAUUAAAAGUAACAUUUUGUAAAGCUCAGUGGGAAGAAAGGGUGCAUAGUUUGUGAAGGGCCUAGAGGGGCAGUGCAGGGGAGCAUCGAUUCCUCAAAGCAUUGAAAGAGGUAGACAGAGGAGACAUUCUCUGUUUUGUUUUGUUUUUCCGUUUUCGUUUUUAUUGGUACCAGGGAUCAAACUCACGACCACACACUUGCAAGGCAGGCACUUAUGCUGCUGAGCUAAAUCCCCAGCCCCGACAGAAGAGACAUUGAUAGUUCAGUGUCCACGGGUUGACUGAAAUAAUAAAAAAGCAAAGUAUUUACAAA